GUUGUCUGUGAAUCGUACUAGGCAAGGUUGAUUGUUUUGAUGAUUUGGGGAGACUGUAUGGGCCUAGGACUCUCUCUUUCAGCUGUGAAGGAUUGUUGCAGUUAUAAUUUUCUCUCUAAAUUAACAAAGAAUCUUAUUAACAAGUGCCUUCAAGACCCUGCUUAAGCAGGCAAUCAAGGAAAGUUUGCAGUUAUCAAUGCACUGCGUUUCUCAUUUUGUGUAAUCCUUGCUUUGAAAAUCGAAUGUUCUGAAAGUUGCCCCAUGUUAUUGGUUUACCAGAGUCCAGACCUAUAAAUAAGCAUCAUCUGAACAUGCUGGUUUGCUUUCAAAGUCGCAAGUUUAGUGGAUCACGUCCUCGUUCCCAUGUCCGCGAACCAUUCCUUUAUACGUGACAUCCUUAAGUUCUGGGUGCUCUCUUGUCUAGCAUAUCUAAGCAAUUCUCUAGUUUGCUCUCUUGUCUAGCAUAUCUAAGCAAUUCUCUUCUAGAGACCGUCAACCAUGGCAUCAGCAUUGAUCUGCACCCGGAAGCAGGCCGGGGUUUGUGCCGCAGCCACUGUCGAUUGGUAACCAAUCUCGUCAGGAGGGUAUCAAGCAAAUAUCCAGGAGCAUAAAUGGAGAUCCCAACCUGCAGGAUCUCUGCAGUUUUCUGAAGGGAAAUGCAUGUUCGAUUUCUUCAACCCCAAGUCUCCUCCGAUCAUCAUGGAUGGAGGCUUGCCACCAGCGCCGUCGUCGGUGGCCUCUUUGUCCUGCGUUUCCGAUGCAGCCCACAACAACAUUGAUGAUGAGAGGAGGAAUGGGAGCACGCGAACCAUCGUCUUAUUCCCUACUCAGGCCUGCACCGACAUUCAAGAAAGCUCCUCUUCCUCGGUCGGGGACAACAAUGGCAGCAACCGGCAUCAAGGAACCGCUCUCGCCACGCGUGAUGGGUGGGAAUCUUUGGAGCCGUCGGCCUCCGACGAAACCCACAUUUCAUGUGUGGAGACGAGGCGAUCGUCGGGCAGUGCCGUCUUAAGAAGGAACAACAACCGGCCUGUCCCGAGACGCGAGGAAGGAGAGGAGCGCUACCCGGGCGUUUCCACGGAGCUGGUGCUCUACGAGGACCCGUGGAAGAUCAAGAAGAAGCUCAAGCCCAGCGACCUCGGGCACCUGUGGCGGCUGCUGCUUCCGCGUGAGGAUCCACGUGCUCCAGUGGAUGGGUGAAGAGACGGUGAGGCGGGUCAAGAGCCAGGAAGGGAUGGAAGUGGCUGUAAGGGAUGUGGACACGGGCGACGAGCACCGGCUCGUGUUCCGGCAUUGGGCGUCGUCGAACAGCUACCUGCUGAACGGGGAUUGGAACCGGCGGUUCGUCCAGCGGCGAGGGCCGGGGAAGGACGACGAGAUCGGGAUGCUGUGGGACACGAACGCGUGCGUCGUCCAUUUCACGGUCCUGCGCAGGGCUGCUUGCGGCGCAAGCAAUGCAGCAGCUUGAAGUCUUCGUGUUUGGAAAGUUUUCAUGAUGGGUUUCUUUUGAAAAAUAAAAUAAAAUAAAUUGACCUGUGACUGAUUAAAGUCAAAAUAAGACUGCCACUAGGGCUCAAGAAGUUCUUUUCUCUUCCCACAAAUUAAU